CAGUUGUCAAAUUUUCACGUGUGUUCUUGUGUUGUGUACAUUAGAAAACACGAGGCCGGCUAUUUACGUGGGGCAAUUUAUAGUAUAUUACUUCUAAUUUUUAGUAAUAAGUGAUACAAAAUGAUAAGAUGGCAGUUAACGAUACGCAUGUAGCUCUUAAAACAAUAGCAGCCAUAACAAAUACUUCGGAACUUGCUAAAACGUGUCGGGAACUCCAGAAAUCGGAACCUAAAGAUAUAAUUAAUAAAUUAUCUGAUUUCAUUUUAAACGUAGAAGAUGCAUUAUUAUUCAAGCAGCAUUUAUCAAACAUCCUCCUCGCAUUGGUAUCAACAAGGAUACCUUUGAAACUAGUAUUUUCAAAUCCUCAGUUUGAUAUAUGCAGUGAUUCUGAGAAAAUAAGUCACUUGGAAUAUUCUAUAGUUCUAGCUGCAUUGAGUGAUCAUCCUGAUGUAUUACAAUACGCUCUUAAAUAUUUUGACAUCAACAAAGUGCCUCCAUUUGAAGUGUUUAUACAUCAUGAGGAUUCCUACAAUGUGGCUCCAAAGAAAAGGCGGCUACUUGACAGUAGACAGAAGAUUACAGAUAAACAGAUAGUGACAUGCUGCUAUAAAUUGCUUACAAAGUUGCCCAAUGAACUGUCAGGGAAAUGGGAUUGGACAAAUUUUGUUAGUAACUUUUGUAAUCAUGAGAAUGCAGACAUCAAAUGGAUGGUAAAAGAAUGUAUGGUGAUAUUAACCAAUAUGACUGAAGCUCAAUCAAAGAGUUUAUCAAGAAAUCUCAACAUAUCGGAAUUGGAAUCAUUGCAUUGCGCAAAUGCCCAGAAACAAGAGACAGUUUACCCUAUCAGUGACUAUAUAAAGGAUGUGGAUUUAAAUGUGGAUUCUGUUGUGAAUGUUGAUGGCAUUUUAUUACCUAUACAUGACAAAAACAAUGUCCAAGAUGGGAAUCUCGUUCCUGUGAAAUCUACAAUAAACAAUUUGAGGAGCUUAGCCCUUGCUGUGGCAUCAGGACAAGCUCUUUGCUUAAUGGGUCCGGUAGGAUCUGGGAAGACCUCUCUUGUAGAACAUUUGGCAGCGAUCACAGGACGCAAAGGGAUGGCGUUUAAGAAAGUACAACUUGGCGAUCAGACUGACUCACGCAUGCUGCUCGGCUCGCAUCAGUGUACCGAUGUCCCGGGAGAAUUUGUAUGGAGACCUGGUGUUUUAACUGAAGCCGUACAAAAUGGUCAUUGGUUACUAUUGGAGGAUAUAGACUGUGCUGCGCUGGAUGUCGCGUCAACUCUAAGUUCAUUAUUAGAACGGAAUUCUUUAUGCGUCCCAGGAUAUAGGGACUCGCUUCCAGUUACUCCUGGCUUUCAACUCUUUGUCACCCAAAGAACACUCACAACCAACUAUGGUUUCCAGAAGAAAAUGUCCAAUUCCAGUGCCCUACUGCAGAAGCAUUUAACACAAAUCAAUGUGGAACCGCUAUCAAGAUCUGAACUAUCGGAAAUAGUACAGACACUGCAUCCAAGUCUUUCAACAAUAUGCUCAAGGAUGAUUGAAGUUUUCAUGAUGUUUUCUGUCGGAAGCCAUGACACAUCCUUACAAACUACUGAUGCAGUUACUGACAAGGAAACUAGUAUAAAUGUGUUGCGUGGUUCUAGACUAAUCUCAACAAGAGAUUUGAUGAAGUGGUGUGCGAGGGCGGUCGUGGGUUUUGACGUCACGAGCCCUGAGGCUGCAUUAAAAGUCCUUCAAGAUGCACUAGACAUAUUCACUUGUUCUGUAUCAUCUCCGGAACACAGGCUUGAGUUGGCGAAAAAAGUCGGCACAUGUUUAGGAAUAGUUGAAACGAAAUCAGAGUUCUAUUGUAAGCAUUAUAAACCGAAUGUAUCAUUGCAUCCAGCUUGUUUAGAAGUUGGUAGAGCAAAAGUGCCGCGCGUUGAAAAGAGCUUAGAUUCAAUCGACUUUGAUGCAAAACAAGUCGUGUUUUCUUUUACGCGUCAAUCAGCUUGCUUGUUGGAGAGGAUAGCUUGCUGUGUCACAUCAAAUGAGCCCGUGCUGCUUGUAGGAGAAACUGGUACAGGGAAGACGUCAUCAGUCCAGUACUUAGCUAGACAAACAGGCCAUAAACUUGUAGUUAUCAACAUGAACCAACAAUCCGAUUCUGCUGACUUACUCGGCGGUUACAAACCAGUCGACUUGAAAUAUGUCAUACGGCCAAUACGGAACGAAUUCGAAGAACUAUUCCGUAGUUUCUACAACAUUGAAAAGAAUAAGAAGUUUCUCAGUCAUAUAGAAACGUGUUAUGAGACAGAAAAUUGGACAGCGUUACUGACAUUGAUGAAGCAAAGUCAUAAAGCUGCCCUGAGCAGAUUGACUGCUGAGAAAAAGGAGAAGAAAUUAAAGAAGUGGAUCACAUUCGGUUAUAAACUAUCGAAAUUGGACCAACAAGUGAAAGCCGCGUCGAAACUGACUUUCGCUUUUAUCGAGGGUUCCUUAGUCAAAGCUAUGCAAGAGGGACAUUGGGUGUUACUAGACGAAAUAAAUUUAGCCUCAGCCGAAAUAUUGGAAUGUCUGGCUGGUUUAUUAGAAGACAAAAACGAGUCGAUAGAUUUAUUAGAAAAAGGUGACAAAGUUCCUAUCAAACGGCAUCCGGAUUUUACUUUAUUCGCUUGUAUGAACCCUGCUACAGAUGUAGGGAAGAAAGAUCUACCAGUAGGUCUCAGAAAUCGGUUCACAGAAUUUUUCAUUGAUGAAUUAAUGGAACGCAAUGACUUGAUGCUUCUCAUAGGUGAUUACUUAUAUCAUAUGAACCUUAGUGGCGCCGUUUUGGAAGCAAUUUACAGUUUCUAUUCUAACAUAAGGAAAGAAGCAAAACUCAAUCUUGUUGAUGGUGCAGGAAAUUCGCCUCAUUAUUCCCUGAGAACUCUGUGCAGAGCUUUAACAGCAGCGGCCAAAGCGAAAUGUGGUACAGUGGCGAGGUCACUCUUCGAAUCGUUUUGUUUAUCGUUCCUCACGCAAUUGGAUAGCUCAUCGCAUCCAAUCGUCGAAGCUAUGAUUGCCAAGGCAGUUAUCGGGAAGAAGAAUAUAAAGACAGUCACCAAUCAAGCAAUCCCUGAACCGCAAGUUCUCGGACAAAAGUUUUUAUUGUUUGAAGGCCAUUGGAUCCCUCAAGGCAAGGAAGAUGUAGUUAUACCUGAGGGAUAUAUUCUUACACCUACAGUUAGAAAGAACCUUCGAGAUAUUGCGAGAAUUAUAUCUCUUGGACGACUACCAGUUUUAAUACAAGGUGACACGUCAGUAGGGAAAACAUCUCUAAUCACUUACAUAGCAAAAACAUCAGGGAAUUACUGCGUCAGAAUCAACAAUCACGAACAUACUGAUCUUCAAGAAUACAUAGGAUCGUAUGCCGCUGAUGCUAACGGCAAACUGGUUUUCAAAGAAGGUGUUCUUGUCGAAGCAAUGAGGAAAGGCUAUUGGAUCAUACUCGACGAAUUGAAUUUAGCACCCAGUGACGUUUUAGAAGCCCUGAAUCGAGUACUAGAUGAUAAUAGAGAACUGUUCAUACCUGAAACACAGCAGGUUGUAAAAGCCGAUCCAAACUUUAUGCUUUUUGCUACUCAAAACCCGCCUGGAUUGUAUGGAGGACGUAAAAUGUUGUCCAGAGCGUUUAGAAAUCGUUUCGUCGAAUUACACUUUGAUGAAAUACCGAAGAAGGAAUUGGAGACGAUUUUACAUCAAAGAUGCCACGUGCCGCCGGCGUACAGCAAGAAAAUGAUAGCUGUGAUGGCAGAUUUGCAGCUGAGACGGCGUGGUUCUGCCGCAGUCCAAGGCAAAGAUGGAUUUAUUACUCUGAGGGAUUUGUUCAGAUGGGGUGAAAGAUAUAAACAUGCUUCCAAAGAGGCUCUAACGGGUGAAAAAUUCUAUGACUGGGACCAGCACAUAGCUGAUGAAGGCUACCUAAUUUUAGCAGGUAAAGUGAGGCAACCCGAGGAAAGGAGCAUAAUCGUAGAAAUAAUACAAAAAAAUAUAAAGAGGACAGUGAAUCCAGAUAAUCUUUUUAACUUAAACGAGGAAACAUCUCCAGUGACUAAAACAAUACUAGAAACAAUCUUGAACAACCAAUUCGAUGAAUUUGCGCAUAUCGUAUGGACAUAUAAUAUGAGGCGUUUGGCAAUUUUGAUAGCCAAAGCGUUUACUUUUAAAGAACCGGUAUUGCUUGUGGGCGAGACUGGCUGUGGUAAAACAACAAUAUGUCAAGUUCUCGCUGCAUUGAAAAAGCGGCAACUUUUAGCAGUCAAUUGUCACAUGCACACAGAGAGCUCCGACUUUUUAGGCGGACUGAGACCCGUGCGACAGUACAAAAACGACGGCAGAUUAUUUGAAUGGGUUGAUGGACCCUUAGUGAAAGCUAUGGAAUCUGGAGAUAUGUUUCUGGCUGACGAGAUAUCUUUAGCUGAUGACAGUGUGUUAGAAAGAUUGAAUUCUUUGCUAGAACCUGAAAGACAGUUGGUACUCAGUGAGAGAGGCAUGGAGGACAAUUCUGAUAUAGUUGUCGUAACAGCUAACGAGAACUUCCAUUUUAUCGGAACUAUGAACCCUGGCGGUGACUUUGGUAAGAAAGAACUUUCACCCGCUUUGCGUAACAGAUUCACAGAAAUAUGGUGUGACAGUGUCACAACUAGAGAAGAUUUACAAAAAGUAUUAGAAAAGAGUGUUAACAAAGGAAUCUCAUUAGGAAACCAAGAAGAUGGUAGUUCUGGUAUAGGAACAAGUAUUUUGGACUUCACAGACUGGCUUAAGAAUUCGGAAGCGACGAGCAAAUUUCCGUUUAGUAUUCGCGAUUUGUUAUCUUGGGUUCAAUUCAUUAAUAUAACUGUGGCAAAAGGCCUCUUAGAUAUCCCUGAAGCUUACGUCCACGGUGCGUGCAUGACUUUCUUAGAUUGUUUUGGCACUGCCCUAACAGGACAUAUAGAUUCCGAAGUUCUGACCACACUACGAAAAACGGCCAUUGAUUUUUUGCUCAAUCAAAUUAAAACAGUAGGAAGUGAAUAUUUAGAUAAUUUAAGGGAUAUGCUUAGUAACAAGCAAACAAAAUUCAUUGCUGAAAGUGAUGAUGGUAAAUUUGGCAUUAAGCCAUUUUAUGUUGAUGUGGGACCAAAUAAGGAUAUAGUAGAAGGAAGUGAGAAUUUCACAUUUACGGCCCCCACAACAGGUGCUAAUACACUGCGAUUGUUACGGGGAAUGCAGUUAAAUAAAGCUAUUUUGCUUGAAGGCAACCCUGGGGUGGGGAAGACAAGCUUAGUGACAGCGUUAGCAAAAUCAUCAGGACAUAAAGUCGUUAGAAUCAACUUGAGCGAUCAAACUGACAUAACUGACCUUUUUGGCACAGACCUCCCUGCAGAAGACGGUUCGUUUACUUUCAAAGAAGGUGCGUUUUUGAGUGCUUUACAAAAAGGAGAUUGGAUUCUUUUGGAUGAACUUAAUUUAGCUCCCCAGCCCGUCUUGGAAGGUCUAAAUGCUUGUUUAGAUCACCGGGGUGAAGUGUUUAUACCAGAAUUAGGAAAAACAUUUAAAAUAAAACAAGAAACGAAAUUGUUCGCCUGCCAAAAUCCUUUAAAGCAAGGCGGGGCGCGAAGAGGCCUUCCACUUUCGUUCCUCAACAGGUUUACACAAGUCUAUGUAGAUACUUUAACACAUGAAGAUCUUAUUUACAUAGUUAAUGCACAGUAUCCUAAAAUACCUCAAGACAUAUUACACAGAAUAGUGAAAUUUAAUUGUAAAGUUGCGUACGAAAUAGUAGAAUUACAAUCGUGGGCUCAUAGGGGAUCGCCCUGGGAAAUGAAUUUAAGAGAUAUACAGCGAUGGUGUGAAGCUAUACUGAAUGAUAUAGAUAGAGGUAAAAAAGUUGCACCUGGAAAAUUCGUUGAUAUGCUUUACGUGAAUCGUAUGAGAACUUUUAAAGACAAAGAAAGAAUGAUUCAAGAAUACAAUGAAGUUUUCGAACCGGACUAUCCGAGGAGUGACAGCGCUCCACAAUUUUAUAUUAAUGAUAAAAAUAUUGAAAUUGGUGAUGUAAUUUUGGAAAGGAAUUACGAAAAAUAUUUCAAAAACCGUCGUGCGCUCGAAAGUAAUUUGGUAGUUUUGAGAAACCAAAUGCCUACAUUAAAAGCUUUGGCACAAAGUGUUAAAAUGAAUUGGUUGACUAUACUCGUUGGUCCUUCUGCUACGGGGAAAAGUAGUAUUGUCCAAGUACUAGCCGACUUGACCGGCAAUGACUUGCAAGUCAUUCCUGUAACAUCGGCAAUGGAUGUGUCGGAUUUAUUAGGUGGUUUUGAACAAGUCGAUUAUAACAGGAAUCUCGAGAACAUUUUUGAUAAACUGGAAACAAUUUCAAUUCAGACAGUAAGAGAUAUGUGGCUAAAUGAGAAACAUGAACAUUGGAAGUCGAAUAAAAUUCUUAGUCACCUGUACCAGUACAAGACUUUGCAAACCACUACAGAUAAUGUUAACAAUGAUGUAGAAAUCUUUAAGGAAAGGAUGAAUUUCCUUUUAAACCAUUGUGGUAAAUUAGAAGAAUAUACUAAACCGUACAGUUUCGUUGCAAAUACAUUAAAAGAUAUUGUGAUCAGUUUGAAAAAAUUAGAAACAAAGAUAUCAAAUGUUACGUCAGUGAAUAUUGGAGGGAAAUUUGAAUGGGUUGACUCAUUGCUAGUCAAAACGUUGAUAGAGGGGUCUUGGUUACUUCUGGAUAACGUUAAUUUGACGUCGGCAGCAGUGUUGGAUAGACUAAAUGGUUUAUUAGAACCUAAUGGUGUUUUAAGUAUUCCUGAAAGAGGCAAUUUGAGUGAAAUUAAACCGCAUCCAAACUUUAGAGUAUUCUUUACUAUGGACCCGAAGUAUGGAGAAAUUUCUAGAGCGAUGAGGAAUCGUGGUGUAGAAAUAUUCCUCCUGAGGUCUGAUGAUUGGAAUACAGUGUUAUCAACAACAAUGGCGCACAUGGAUUUAACUGGAUUGCUGGCGUCUUGCGGUUUGCCAACUGAAUAUCAUGAAAUUUGCAUCGAAGCUCAUGAGAGGAUGACUGCAUUUAUUCAAGGUCUCGAUCGUCCAACAAUAUCGCAUUUACUUCAAGCUGCUCACUUAACAUGGCAGCAAAUCGUACGAGGCAUGACAAUGUAUACUGCGGUGAUCAAUAGCUUCACAGACGUGUAUAUAAAACCUAGAUGCGGUGGUGACUUUGCGACUGACAUGAACUUAUCUUUGGCUGAAAUAAAAAAUUACAUGAUGAAACGUUUGGAAGAUUUGUUACAAGAAGUCGAUUUCGUAGAGCCACGAAGUGUUAGCCAUACAUUAACCGUCAAAGGGCUAUGUUCAAGCUCAUCUCACGAAGUCGCGAAGCAAAUUUCAUACGUCGCGUGUCAAGAAUUUUUGGGUUUACAAGAUUUAUCUAAGUGCCAUCUGCAGGUGUUAUUUAGUAUGUUGACAGCAUACCUUAAAUGCCCCAAAGAGCUUUGUGCUAUAACACACAGCAUUAUCAAAGAGCGUUUAAUGGAAAAGUACACCGAUAAAAUUGCUAUUAUCACUGAAUAUAAUGACAAAAUUCUUGAAUUUUUUGAAAGGAAUGCUGAUGUUGAAGUGUUGUUUAAAAGAUUCUACCCUGAAAGUUUUGAUUUAAAUGAUGGAGAAUUGAAAGGUAGCAAUAAAGCAAUGUUACUACUAUAUAACGAAUUAACUAAAAUACACCUUCAAACAUAUAUAAAUAAAAGUUGUUUUUCGACGCAGGAUUAUUCCAUAGCUGUAUUAGCUGGCAAAAUGACUGACGAUUUUAUUGAGUAUCCUAUUCUGAAGCAGUGCUUUGCUUAUUUGAAAAUCAUUGAAGCCUACAUUAAAACAGCUAUAUCGAAAGAUAAAGAUUCUCUAGACGAUAACGCUACUUGUAAAAUACUACAAUUCUUGAAUUGGAGAAAUCGAUUAGUUAAACUGUCACUUGAACCAAUGUUUACUAUGACCGAAACGAGAAAGAGACAAAUCCUCAGAGAAGACAUCGUGCCGUUACUUUACAUUCAUAGUAAAUGGGUACAUAAGUAUUUAGUAGAAGAAUUGUUUUAUCUGUCGCGUGAUAGCAAUGAUAUUACUGAAUUUGAAGAUGCUGUCAAAAUUAUUGAAUUGAACCGCGAUGAAAAUAAUUCUAAAAUAGCUAAAUUGAGCAAGAAAUUAAGAAAACUGUAUGGACAACCAAAGCUGUAUGUGAAUGAACAAGAAUAUGAUUUGUGUACUGCAAGAAGAAAUGUUUAUAAUAAAUUAACCGUAAACAUGAAUCAGCCUUUGAAAAACCAAUUGAACAUACUUUUAGCAAGUGCAAAUACUGAAACAGAUAUAAGUUUUGCCUUAGAUGUUCCUGAUGGUGAUAAAUUAGCACUGGUCCAAGAAAAUAUAACUAAAUUGAAUAAAAUGCCUAAAGAAUUUAGAACAACAGGAUUAGAAACCAAAUUGCUUCCAAUCACUUCAUACAUUAUUCAAAGAGUGAUUAAGAUGUUGCAAUCCAAGUUCUUUGUUACCAUAAAUCGACUAAAUGUAAAAGAGGAUAUGAUUAGUAGUGAUGUUUCCGAUAUUCUGAUAAACUUGGUGCACUUGGGUAAGAACACGAAAGGAUUCCCGCCAGCUUUGUUGAACCUGCUACAGGUCGUUCAAAGAAUUCAGGCAAAGGAUCAAGAAUUACUUAGCCAAAGGAUAUCGUCAGUCCCUUCGAAAUUUUGGGAUGAGUUUUACAAGUUCCUAAUCAACUCGCCAGCGUUAUAUCCUAUGCCAUUCCUAACAAUAAACAAAAUGGAUUCUGAGGAGCCCGAAGAUUUGCCCGUAAACUCCAAGAGGGUGUCGGAUAACCUGCCGCUGUUACCUUAUUAUGUUCAGAAGCUUACUAUCACUGAAAACAAUCAAGAUGCUCGUCAUCUAUUGGCUUACGAGACGAUAUCUUUAGAAGAAAGAUCUGAAUAUUCUAUACAGCUGGGGACAAUUUUGAACAUUUUAUGGAAGAAUAUCGCCACAUUGGAUACAGCCGCGAACUGCAAACUCCAAACCGACGCAGCAUUCGAAAUUCAAAAAUUCGAAGAACUCAUGCUAUAUUUAGGUUCAAUUCUUAACACCUCAAAGGAAAACAACGAUGUUUCUAUAGAAGAAAUUAAACUUAAGUUGCAGCAACAUUUGAAGGACGAUUCCAUCUUAAACACGCUUCUGAAAACACCAGUGUACGAAGAACUGAAGAGGUCGCAAAACGAUAAAAUUAAAGUUAAACUACUAACAUCCCACCUCUCGCUGUUAACAAGCGUCUUAUCACUAGUGUUUUUGUCAGAAAUAAACCCCGUAGACCACGUCGAAAAAUAUCGACUCAAACUUCAAUAUAUCGAAGAGGAUAUAAAAAUGUUUGACGCUUUAUUGAGUACAUAUUACAUGCACGGUUUGGUUACUGGUACUUUAUCGAUUACGAAAGAGAUUCUGAAAUCUUCACAAGUGCCUGUAACGGAAUUUUGUGCUAAAGAAACUAAAGAUGACCUCAAGAGGGUCCAUCCAUAUUGUAGUCAUAUAUUAGAAUUAAAGGAAUCCACGGCGCAGCGAGUUCAGAAAUAUGCAUUGGGUAAUACCUUCAGGCCUCAAGAACCGUCGUAUGGCAGCUUUGUUAAGGAUUGCAAACAUUUCGCGAAAUCGGUUCUAUCGCCUCAAGCGAUGAAAGGCAUUACUGGAAACCUCAUCGGUAUUUGUUAUAAACUUUACGAGCAUUUACAAGCGAUGUCCACAGAAAAGGGUCUUGUGGAAAACGCACGAACAAUAGUGAAAGAAACCUCGUCAUGGCUGUACUCGGUUAAUGCGUUCUACAGGAAAUUAGAAAGUUCAUAUUCCGACGCCUUCCCGGACCUUGCAAAGCCCUUGCAAACUGCGAUCUCACAGAUCGUAUAUUCGGUAUCAUCUCUCAGGGAUCUGGUUAUAGAAAUGUCCCAGAAGAAGGAGCAAGGGCUUGUCCUAAGUAAAGCGGUGACAGAUUUGAUGGUGUAUCCAAAUGUUAUAAAUAUGAGAGGUGACAAAGAGGAACAUUUGAAUAGAUUUAUACAUUCAGAUUUCGUGGCGCUGUUGAACAGAAAUGUGUUAGCGAGUGACGAUUUCAAUGCAGCGGAGCAACAGUUUAUCGAAGUACUAAAAAUGAAUUUAUUGGAGUUGCGUAUGCACUGUACGGCGGCGGACAGAAUCGAUAAGAUGUCUGCCGACUCCAUGGUGACGAUGCUCAACGCUAUUGUGAAGGCGUGGGACCUGCAGCAACGGGAAAUCGAGAAGAAAAAACAAGACGACGAAGCGCUAUAUGUUACCAAAUCAAAAUGCGAGGAUGAAGACGAAGAAGCAAUUGCGUAUGAAGAAAUCCUCGAAAUGUUCCCCUCAUAUUCAGAAGUCGACUUUGGCGACUUCAAACCUCCCACACUAGAACAGAAAAUUAAACCAAAACUCGAGCAAAAAACUAAACCGAAGCAAUUCAUAUCGUCAGAAGAUGUUUCUUUAGUUUACAAAUGGCAUUCGAGUUUUGUACGUAACAUGACUGAAGCGGAGUGGUUACCCAGCCGAAAGAAGUUGGUUGGUAACGAUAUAAUCAGCGCGUUUCUUCAGAGGUAUCCUGUAUUUAGCAGGAUUAUACAGAACGCUUGGGAUGCGCUUGAUGCCGAAUUGGAAGGAUCGAUAUCUCCAAGUUUGUUAGUACUUGUAUCGCAGAUAAAAGAGAAAGUGGACGGUCAAGAUUCUAGUAGCAGCAAGGCCGACUUCUAUCAUUCUCCAUGGAUCUCUGAAACCAAACAAUGUCUGCCAUUGCUACAAAGGGUAAAAGAAAGCACCAACGAGCUGUUAGACCAGUGGCCAGAUUUCCCUACACUUAAAGAGAUAAUCGUAAUAGUAAACAGAAUAUUGAGUUUUCCUGUCACUAGCCCGGUGUCGCGAUUCCUAACCGGCUUAGAAUUACUAAGAGACAAGAUCGAGGAAUGGAACAGGAAUGCUCAUAAAGGGAACAAUCUUAUCGAUAUAUCUCUAGCUGUGGGACAGCAAAUUAUCAAUUGGAGGAAACUCGAAAUGGGACAUUGGAAAGAGUGCCUCAGCAACUUGUAUUACAGAAAACAAUCCGAAGCGCACAAAUACUGGUUCUACCUAUACGCUGUUAUCAAUACAUAUUUGGACUCUGAAUCGCCCGACACAGUGCCGGCAGAACGAGUCAUAUCCGUUCUCAGGGAUUUCAUGGAAAAGUCCAACUUGGCCGAGUACGAAGUCCGUCUGGAUAUUAUUUACGUGUAUCAUUGUCACUUAGUGCAUCUGGAGGCUAGCGAUAGACGAGACGAGCUUCUAGCAAUAUUAUGGAACACAUACAACUACUAUUCACAAUUUAGCGCACAAGUUGCCGCGCAUAUCAAAGAGAAGCGUGCUCCGAUCGAAAAGAAGCUUCGAGAUUUCGUCAAGAUCUGCACGUGGGAUAGAGAUCUUAGUUAUUGGAGUGUGAAGGAUACUGUCGAGAAGGCACAUAAAGCGUUACACAAACACACCAAAGAGUUUGAGAGCGUCCUGAAGGAGAGCGUGGCGAGCUGCUUGGUGGACAGCUCGUGGGAGGCGAGCGCGGAGCACGUGGGCAUCUGGGACCGGCCCAAGCGCGCCACCACCGCCGCGCCCGCCGGCGGCGCCUACAUGAUCGACCCGCAGAACCAUGUCGUACUCGCCAGGAAUAUAAAGAAAUAUCUAGAUCACGCCGAACAGCCCUGCGAGUAUAUAACAGACGGCAGCCUGUUGUCCAAGGUACCUAGCCUGUUGAACAAAGCGAAGACAUUGUGCAAAGACACGAUCACAAACACGUCCUAUCCUUCGCUUGUACAAGAGCUGGAUGAUUUCGUGACGCUUGUUAUUGAGACGAGUACGCAUCUCGGGUCUUUGGAGGUUGACGCAGCAUUACCGAGAGAGAAACAAAAGUCUCAAGCAAAGAACAUUGUUCAACAAAAACGCAAAGCAUUGGCCGAUCUGUUCAAAUACCUCAGUAAAUUGGGACUGAACUAUCGAACUGGACUGGUCAUACUUUCAGCGUCUGAUAAAGAAUUGUACGAUUUUACGUUACCGCCCGUUGAUUUGGGUGCUGCUAUCGGAUAUUUGAAAAGCAGACGCUGUGAUGCAACGCUCGGUCUGUUAUGGACGGGAUGUGAGACAUACUUCCAGAAGAACAUCGCACGACACAGACUGCUCACGGCGGCGUUGCAGUCGCCGCAUCAGGAUCUGGGCAUGCAAAACAUCGAACGGUGCAAAGGUUUCGCUGCUCAGUUGUUGAACCUAACAAACAAACAGAAAAGGUCAAUAUCGAAAUACUCUCGAUUACUCUCUGAUCUACGUACAGUUGCAACUAAUCUAACAAAUGCUUUAGACAUUGACACAGCAAAGACAAACUUACCAACAUUGAAACAAAAGAUCGAUAUUCUUAUCGAAUGUUACGCAAACACUAGCAUACUACUCGAACAAUUUAAUAUGGUACUAAAAUCUUGCCCAGAAAAAGGCGUGGGCGCUGAUUACGAGCCUGAUUUUGACUCUGUAUUAUCCGAUUCCAAAAUAGUUCGUUGUUAUAAAAAUAGCGAUGAAUGGCGUGAACUUUGUAGAAAAGUGAAAGCUCUGAUAGCAAAUGUUAGUAAACAGAAGAACAAUCUUCACAAAGUUGUUUAUACAACUCCGAAGCAAAUUGGUCAACAUGUUGGGGAACUUCCACUGGCCUCGCAGAGCCACAUAGAUGUUGCUAAUGAUUGUGAAGAAAACUUAGAAAAGCUGACGAGAGAUGUAGAUGAUCUUUUGGAAGAAUAUCAGUUUAGAUUAAAAUCUCAAUUGUGCGAGCAUGUACCUCAGCAUCCAAUAUUACGCAGCAUGGUAGAACUGUCUCAAUAUUUGAAAGAUACAGUAAACCAACUUGGAGAGUUGAACAAAGAUUCUGAUGUUCCUAUGGAUUCUAUAACAAGUGACGAUCUAAUAAACCAAACUGAAGAUUUGAUUGCCACUAUGCUGUUGAUAGUACAAUCUGUGUACAAGAGACACUUACCGAUCAAUGAAAAUAUGGAAGUUAUUAAUGCUAUUGAUGAAAUAAUUCAAAGCCAAGAUAAACCUGAGUCCAGAGAUAUCCUUGAAGACAAACAUUUGAAGGAGCGUCUACAUGAUAAGUUAUCCAAUGAUUCUAAAAUGCUCCAGUUAGAUUCUUUGAUUAAUAAAACAUAUAAUGUUUUAAUAAACUAUGUACAAUAUGUAGCCAAAGGUAGCAAAGACAUAGAUGAAGUAAAGAACGUAGUUAUGAGAUCAAUUCCGAUAUUGGAGCAAAUUGUAUUGUUUGUGCAAUAUUUCAUUUCACAAAAGGUUGCAGUUCACAGAGUGUCGUGUAAAAUGUUAUCAGUUUUAUUGAAGAUAUUCUCAGAUCUUGCUUCUAAAGGUUUCUGUAAACCAUCCGAUCUUGAUAUGGAAGAGGGCGAAGGCGAAGGGGGACCUGGGAAGCUCUCCGGUGGCACUGGACUUGGAGAAGGAGAGGGACAGAAAGAUGUUUCCGAGAGAAUCGAAAAUCAGGACCAGCUAGAUGACGCUCACCGCCCUGGAGAAGAGAAAAAAGAAGAAGAUCGAGAUUGUAAAGAGGAAGAGAAAGGAAUUAAUAUGACUGAUGACUUUGAUUCCCAUUUACAAGAUGUGGAAAAGAAAGAGGGCGAUGACUCUGAGCAAGAAGACGACGAAGAUGACGCAGAUAAACAAAUGGGCGACACUGACAACGCAGCUGAAAGGCUAGAUCAACAAAUCUGGGGUUCGGAAGAUGAAGAGGAUAUUGAUGAAAGUAAUGAAGGAAAGAAAGACAAAGAAGAGAAAGGUAAAGGUGAGAGUACAGGAGAGAAAGAGAUGGGAGCCAAGGAGGAAGAAGAACAAGGAACUGAUGAUGGAGCUGAAGGGAAAGAUAAAAAGAAAAAGAAAGAUAUCAACGAAAUGAACGAGCCUGAAGUCGAUGACGAUCAUGUGGACCCAUACCACGGUAAUCAGCAACAACUUCCAGAACCAGAAGACUUCGAAAUGCCAGAUAAUAUGAAUAUGGACGGGGAGGAAGGCGCCGAUGAUAAUGAAGGAGAGACAGAGACAGAAAAUCCAUUCGAUAUUGACGUCAUGAAGGAAAAUAUAUCUGAAGAGCAGGAAGACAAAGAUGAUGGCAAAGGCGAAGAAAAAGAAGAUAAUAAACAUGGCAUGGAAGUGUCCAGCGAUGAGGAAGGCGGUGAUGAUGGUAAAGAUGAUGCAAAUGAUGGUCAAAAUGAUGAAGAGAAUAAAAAAGAAGAUGAAGAACCAGGAAAAGAUGAACACGAAGACGACGGCGACGGAGAAAUUGAAAAUGAGGCUAAUGUUGAGGACAAACCUGAGAACACAGAAAAUACAGAUAACCCUGAAGUACCGGACAAGGAAGACUUACAGAAAAAUCCAGAGAAAAUCAACGAAGAGGACGAAGUGGAAGAGAAAGGUCAAGAUGCUAAUCCACAAGCGAACCCGUCAACGAAUGACCCGACAGCAGAAGACAAAGCGGAGAAUGCGGAAAUGGAGAGAGGGACAGAUGACAACGUUGAUACCAAUGCUGAACAAAUGAAAGAUGAAGACGCUGCGCCUUUUGAACAAAGUCAGGAACAAGUGGGUGAAGAGAAACGGUCGACAGGUCGUUCAGAGUUGGACAAGAGCGAUAAAGGCCACAAAGGGGAUAAACAAGCCGCAAGCAAAACUGAACGAAGUCAAGAGAAGCGAAAGCGGCACGAGAACAAACCUGGACAAACUGACCACGAACGAACUCUUGGGGAUGUGAAUGAAAAGAAAAAUAAACAAAUGAAGACGUUAAAUGUCGAGAGAGAAGAUGAGAAUGCGGACGAAGGCGGUGAUGCAGAUGACGAUGCGGAGAGAGAAGCGGACGCUUUCCAACACGUGAAACAGGCGAAGAAGGAUGAUUUACAGGCUAUAGAUGCUGCUACCAAAGAACAGGCUGAUCAACAGCCAAUAUUACAGAAAGAUGAAGAGGAAGAUGCUGACAAACUAAAAGAAGAUGAAGAUGUUGCAAUGGAUGUAGAUGAUGAUGAAUUAGAGAUUGAAAAGUCUGAAGAAUUAAAAUCAGAGAAAAUGAAGGAUGGGGCGCAGAAAGAGCAAGAAAAAUCUGGAAAUAAAAAUGAGGCGGGAGAAGAGCCCACAGGAGAAACUGGCGUUGAAGUGGAGGGGGAGAAGGUAGUGACAUCGCAUGUGCCGCGCGGGACUGAUACUACAUACCAUACCAGAUUAGACGAAACUCAAAUCCAAACAGAAGACAUGACGAUGGAAGAGUACAUGGGUAUCCGCGAGUGGUUGACGAGCGGCCCGACGCACGGACAGGGCUCGGUGGGGGUGUGGCGCACGCUGUGGCGCGACGCGGCCGGCGCUGCGCGGGCGCUGUGCGAGCGCCUGCGCCUCGUGCUGGAGCCCACGGGACGAUCGAGGAGAGCUGGUGACUUCCGCACCGGUCGCGCCAUCAACAUGCGCCGCGUGAUCCCGUACAUCGCGUCGCACUUCCGCAAGGACCGCAUCUGGCUGCGCCGCACCAAGCCCGCCAAACGGGAGUACAAAAUCGCCAUCGCCGUUGACGAUUCCAGCUCCAUGUCGGAUAAUAGGAGCAAGGAGCUGGCCUUCGAGAGUCUUGCUCUUGUUUCACAGGCACUUAAUCUCCUCGAAUCCGGCGACCUGGCAGUCAUUAGCUUCGGCGAGAAACCAAACCUCCUGCACCCGUUCACGGAACAAUUCUCAGAACAUUCCGGAUCUAAGAUAUUAGAACAAUUACGGUUCGAACAAACGAAGACCAAAAUAGCUCAAUUAUUAGACUUUUGUACGGUGUUAUUCGAAGAGCAGACAGUGAGGAGUGACGCUGUCAACGCAAAGUUGUUGGUGGUUGUGAGUGACGGGAGAGGGAUAUUCUCGGAGGGCGAGACGCGGGUGAUGCAUGCGGUGCGCAGGGCGAGACAGCAAGGAAUAUUUUUGGUGUACGUCAUCAUCGACAAUCCGGAUAAUAAGGACUCCAUCAUGGACAUCCGGCGACCUAUCAUCGAUCCAGCAACAAACUCGUUCGUAAGGUUCGAGUCGUAUUUAGAUUCGUUCCCGUUCCCGUUCUACCUCAUCCUGCGGGACAUGUCGGCGUUGCCUACUGUAUUGGGAGACGCUCUGAGGCAAUGGUUUGAACUGGCUGCUAAUACUGCGAGUUAAUAGCAGAAGAGUGUAGUUAGUUAAUAUAAGUGAAUCUAUUGAUGCGUAAAGAACAUAAAAUAGGUGUUACUCCAGUGGAUUAUACAAUUUGUGGUGGUAGGAUAUAUUUUAUAUCCGCCCGGAUAACGACCACCGUACACAAGGUGUAAAAACCCGCCAUAGUGGCGUACAUGAGUGUGUCGCGUUUCGGGAUCAGCCUGUGUAUAUCUGGUACUAACAGGCCGGCAUAAUUAUGUCGACUGCCGAAGGGUAAUCAUCUCUCGUCAGUCGACAUUGUAUUGGACCCCACUACACUUAUCAUCAGGUGCGGUGGGGUCACUGCUGUGCCCGUAUUAAAAAUAUUAUACAUUUUAACAAACUACCAGAUAUCGAAAGUUGUUUGCAAACACUGCUAAGUUAACCAUCAGACACCUAAGUAUUUUUUCUUAUUGUGACUUAAAUCAGACUCAUCGACUGAUUUUUUCGUCCCAUACGCCUGGUUUUAUUAUGUUCUUGCUUUUGUAAAUAAGAUAUUAAAUUGAUAUACUUAUUUUUUAAGAUAUAUUUGUAUGUGGCUAUCAAUCUAUGUAAAAUUGUAGUCUGACUAGAAUAAUGUAGUUAUUUAUGUACAGCAGAUGUACGUAAAAUAAAGAGCUAUAUUGAGAAUAUCAGCGUAAAAAUUAGUGUUUUACAAAGAGUAUAAAAUAUAUUUUUUUCUUUAAAAUUUA